AUGAAAGGACCUGAUUCCGCUCCCCCUAACCAGAGGCCUUUAUCACUUUCAGUUUCUCAAUCGGAUGAUCGCGACCUCUUGGAGAGCAAGACAAAGGAUGAAUCGACAUUGAUGCACACUCUCUGCAAACAUGGACAUCACGGCAUUGUCCAAAUGCUUGAUAAAAUGUGUUCUAAGCUCCUGGACUGUCAAAACAAGAGACGAUUAACACCGCUACACUCUGCCUGCGGUCGAAACCAAGUCGAGGUGGCUACACUCGUCUGUGACCUGUUACACCUGAGGCGGGAAGAAGACUUUCAUAUCGGUAUGGAGGAGAGCGGUCCUGAAGAUCCACCAUCUUUAUUGAAGUACACAGCCAAGAAAGACGCUAUCGACUGUCUGGUGGUUCUACUCAAACGUCGAAAAGAUCAUAAAACCUUAAUCGACUUACUAAAGUGGAUCUCGGUGGAGAGAAACCUCUUCAAAGUCCUUAAGGCAUUGCUUAACAGAUCUGAAGAAAUCGAGUUGAGAAAGGGGCAAGACGACAUGAUGAAAUUGACCCGACUUUGUGCAGAAAAAGGCCAUACACAGAGUGUCCUUGAGCUGGUUGCCUGGGACAAGGACAUGAUUAACAAGGCUCAUGAUGGUAACUCCCUGAUCCACUUAAUAGCAGAAAAAGGUCAUCAUCAAACAACAAAGGAAUUUCUCAACUUGAAGAACCCGGAUGUUCAAACGAAUAAAACGGAUAAGUUGGGACAAACAGCACUCCACGUGGCGAUUCAAGGAGGUCAUAGAAUGACUAGUGAAUUCAUCUUGAAAACUGACACGGAACUAGCAGGAAUCAACGACAACAAAAAAAUGACACCGCUCAUGUAUGCCUGCAAAACAGGGAAUAUCUACAUCGUUAAAAAGCUCUUGGAGAUGCUAAAAGAGGAUCAAGUGGAGAUAGGGUUUCUUCAUUGUGACGAGAAUGGUCUGAAUUGCUUAGACCAUGCCAUUGACAAUGGGCACGAGAUGAUUGCCGUAGCAUUGCUCGAUCAAGAUAAUUGGCGGAGGCUUAUGACGCAUGCGACAAGUGGUGAGGGAACCAAGACGACACCUAUGAGGAAACUCAUCAGCUCUAUGCCAGGUGUCGGCAAGUUUGUGCUGGAUAAGUGUAUCAAACCUGAGCCUAAGCUAAGCGUUCAACCUAGCGAUGAUGAAGAUGAGGGACAACGACCAGACAGCGAUGUCGAGAUCAAGGUGGACUUCGAAUUACUAGAGGACUGGUUCUCAGAGUGGAUGAGGGAGGGAGACGAUCAGCCGAGUAAGCAGAAAAACGGCGAUUACAUGGCAAUGACUAAACGCGGCCGAGGAACAGGUGAUAGAGACGAAAACAAAGAUGGACAGGCAUCUGCAACGUCUGUAACGUCCAGCUUCAAUGGCGAUGGGAAAUUGAAACGUAAUGCCAGUAUCUAUGUCAGAGAUCGCCUUUCCCGCUCCGAAAAUCAUCCUGUCCACUACUUGAUUGAAAAUGAUGAGAGUAAGAAGUUACUGGAUCACCCUGUAGUUCGUCUGAUGUUUAGGAACAAGCACGAAGCGUUUCGUCUCGAAUACUGGCCUCGGUUCUGUCUCCAACUCACACUGCUAGUCUUCCUGACACUCCAUAGCCUUAUCAUCCCUCCACCGUACUAUGUUAAAAAACACCUAUCGGAGGGCAACUACACGUGGUUGGCUGAUGGGGAAGCCAAGUGGAAGAAGGACCUGGACUCGAACGCAUUGGUCCUGUUUGGUUCGAUCGGGACCUGGCUCAUUCUCCUGCUAACUGUCAUAUAUUUCUUUGAAUUUCUCCAGAGGAAGUGGGUGUACAGGAAACCAAAGUCUUUUUCGAUUGCAGGAUGGCUAAGUUUCAUCCGAGAGCUCACUCUCCAAAUCUUGAUCAUUCUGUUCGUCGUACCAGGGUUUGGUGACGUCUACUUUGGCCACGGUGUUACCUUCAAAGCCGAUUGGCAAUGGGAACUAGGUGCAUACGCAGUUCUCUUGGCCUGGAUUAAUUUCAUCCUAUUCCUGCAAACUGCUCCGUUUUUCGGCAUCUACAUUCUCAUGUUUAUAGAGGUUAUAACAACUAUGGUGAACUUUUUACUUGUUGCCGGAAUUUUUAUUUGCACCUUUGCUGUGGUUUUCUGCAUCCUCAUCAUCAAUCAGACGCAGUAUCACACAUUUUGGGACUCCUUAGCUAAGUCUCUGACCAUGCUGACCGGUGGCAUAGACUUUGAUACCGUCUUUCAUCCCAUGGACUACUUGUACCAGCAAUCUGCUACUGAGGACUUCACGAACAUUGUCUUCUAUCCAAGCACUACCCUUGUUAUCUUUCUCAUCUUUCUCUUUUCUAUGCCGAUCGUCGUCAUGAACCUCUUGACUGGUUUGGCAGUAUAUGAUAUUGACGUCAUUCAGAAAAAGGCCAAGAUUGUUAAACAAACAAUUGAGGCGGAAGGAAUCUUGGCCGUGCAGAAUAACAUGCUGCCGUGGGUAUGGAAGAGAAGUGUACUCCAACACAAAAAGAUCACAGUCUUCAAGAAUGUCUCCUCACUCACAGCCAUCUGCUACAAGCUCACUGGCUAUAAAGACACACAUGAUUAUUUGGUGGCAUUUCUGGAAGAGCUAGGGAAAAAGGCGGGACGUGUUGAGUACACAAAGACAACCGAUGUGAAGAUUGAUAACAUGAUGGAUAAAAUCGACGACGUCCGGAAUAGACUCUAUCUUCUGUCUGACGAGACCCUUGACGCUAAUACACUACAUCGGGAGGCAAUCAGGCAGGUACAGGAUAAGCUGGAUAAGAUGUGUCGUGGUAAAGUGGUUUGAACACUUGAAUUGAGUAAAAUAAACAAAAAUGGCAUUGGUUUUUAUUGCUAGUCCAUAAUUUUGAUAAAAUAUCACAUCUCUGAAAGCAAUAUUACUUUACGGUUCUAAACUGCAAUUACAUCAAAUUAUGCGCAAUCUGUCUAUUUCCUUAUUAUUGAAAUAAAAUUAAAGGGAUUGAAGAAUAUGUUUAAAUAUUUGUGAAAGGUAUUACAAAGUGUUGGGAAAUUUCGAAAAAUGGGUGAAUGUGAUUCUUUACCAAUUUGAUAAAUUUGGAUGCCCCUGUGGAUGUAUUAAAAACACCAAAAAUGUUAGCCCCUAAAACACUUCUGCUUUCGAGAAAAAUUGAAU